AUGGCCCGGGAACAGAAAGAAGAGAAGAUGUCCAGGUUACAAAUGGUUUCUCAAAUCUCAGGAGGAAGUGGAGCCAGUGGUCUGAUUGCACCUGCCAUUACCGGUCCAGCCUCCGGCCUCCACCCACGUCAGAGAGGCACCCCGGAGACUGAGGCCCCCACAUCUACUGUCCAGGCACUACCCCUCAGGGCCACAGGCCCACCUCGGGAGGAUGGAAGCAGAACUUGGCAGUACUGGCCGUUUUCAACAUCAGACUUAUAUAACUGGAAAGCACAAAAUGCCCCUUUUUCUGAAAAUCCCCAAGGUUUAAUUAACUUGUUAGAUUCAAUACUAUUUACCCAUAAUCCCACUUGGGAUGAUUGUCAACAGUUAUUACAGGCUCUGUUCACCACUGAAGAGAAGGAGAGGAUACUGAAUCAAGCCAGAAAAAAUGUACUGGGAGAUAAUGGACAACCCACAACGCUUCAGAACCUCAUUGAUGCUGGGUUUUCUCUAACUUGUCCCGAAUGGGAUUGAGUAACAGAAGGUAGGGAGCAUCUCCGAAAGUACUGCCAGAUUCUAAUGGCUGGUCUCUGAGCAGUGGCAAGAAAGCCGACCAAUUUGGCCAAGGUAAACUCAGUUAGACAGGAACCCACAGAAAGCACUGCAGCGUAUUUAGAAAGACUUAUGGAAGCAUUUAGACUGUACACCCCUAUGGAUCCACAGGCUGACGAGAGUAGAGCAGCAGUAGUCCUAUCCUUUGUAAAUCAAGCAGCCCCUGACAUUAGGAGAAAACUUCAGAAGAUAGAAAGACUAGGAGAACAGACAUUACAAGACUUAAUGAAAGUAGCCGAAAGGGUGUAUAAUACUAGAGAGACUCCAGAGGAAAAGGAAGAAAGAAUAAGGAAAGAGGAACGGGACUUCUAAGCUAAAGAGAAUAGGUGAAAUCAAAAAGAACUAGCUAAAAUUUUCUUUACCGGAGUUAGAGGGGAAGUAGGAAGACGUAGGGAGAGAGGACUAGAGCAGCACGACAGGCCCCACCGAGGCCCUCCCCUAGCCCUGGACCAGUGUGCCUUCUGCAGAGAAGCCAGGCAUUGGAAAAGUGAAUGUCCCAAGAAUCCGAGAAGAGGGGAAGCUCGAAAGUACCAUAAACCUGCCCCUACCAGAGCAUUAGUAAAUACAGGAGACAGCGACUAGGGGGGUCAGGACUCAGAACCCCUCCCCGAGUCUUGGAUAACGUUAAAAGUGGAGGGGAAACCAAUAGAGUUUCUAGUGGACACCGGAGCUCAAUAUUCUGUCCUUAAUAAGAAAGAGGGAGAAGUCUCUCCAAAGACUAGCUUGGUCCAGGGGGCAACAGGAGCAAAGCAGUAUCAUUGGACAACAAAACGGCAAGUGAACCUGGGCACCAAACAGGUGUCCCAUUCAUUCUUAAUUGUACCCAAUGGCCCUGCACCGCUAUUGGGAAGAGACUUAUUAUUCAAAGCCCAAGCCCAUAUAUUCUUUCACAAAGACAGUGUCCAGGUUACCGAUGGAGAAGGCUCCCCGUUGCAGGUUCUAACAGUUUCCUUGCACGAUGAGUACCGCUUGUACAAAGAGGCAGAGAGCCAGCAUGCAGACCCAACGGAUAUAACUCCAUGGCUAAAAGAAUUUCCCCAAGCCUGGGCAGAAACCGGAGGAAUUGGAUUGGUGAAACACCGACCACCCAUCAUUGUGAACUUAAAAUCUUCUGCCACACCGGUGAGAGUCCGACAGUACCCUGUGCCUAGAGAAGCCCGAGACGGCAUACAACCCCAAAACCAGCGACUACUACAGGUAGGAGUGCUGAGAAAGUGCCGGUCUGCAUGGAAUACACUUCUCUUACUGGUAAGAAAGCCGGGGGGAGAAUACUGACCGGUACAAGACUUAAGAGAAGUGAAUUGCCGUGUUGAGGACAUACACCCCACAGUCCCUAACCCUUAUACACUUCUCAGUAAUUUGCCUCCAAACCAUGUGUGGUAUACCACCCUAGACUUAAAAGAUGCUUUUUUCAGCUUACCUCUAGUCCCACAGAGUCAAGAUAUCUUCGCCUUCGAGUGGUUUGAUGAAACUAACCAAGCCCUCGGCCAGCUGACUUGGACUCAACUCGUCCAGGGAUUCAAGCACUCGCCCACUUUCUUCAAUGAAGCCUUGAGUGACGACCUAUGUGAGUACUUGGGUCAAAACCCAUACGUGACUUUAUUACAGUAUGUGGAUGAUUUGUUAAUAGCCACUACUGAUCGAGCAGGGUGCCUUGAAGCCACAAAAAGACUACUCACCACUCUAGGAUCACUGGGGUAUUGAGCCAGCGCUAAAAAGGCUCAAAUAGCAAGGCAAGAGGUCACAUAUUUAGGGUAUAAGUUAAGAGCUGGACAGAGAUGGCUUACUGACGCCAUGAAACAGACUAUCUUGCAAAUUCCCAGACCAACAAAUCCACAGCAAGUAAGAGAAUUUUUAGAAACUGUCGGAUACUGCCGUUUAUGGAUUCUAGAUUUUGCUACGAAAGCGAAACCACUUUAUGAACUCAGUAGAGAAGGAUCAGAGUGGGACUGGACCCCAGAGAGAGAUUCAGCUUUUAAAGAACUCAGAGAAGCACUCCUAAAAGCCCCAGCUCUAACUUUACCCGAUCCUUCCAAGCCUUUUCAUCUGUUUAUUGAUGAAAAGAAGGGAAUAGCUAAAGGAGGUCUAGUACAGCAGCAGGGGCCAUGGAAAAAACCGGUAGCAUACUUUUCCAAGAAACUGGACUCAGUAGCUGCAGGAUGGCCCCCUUGUUUGAGAAUAAUUGCUGCCAUGGCCCAGUUGGUCAAAGAUUCAGAUAAAUUGACCCAUGGACAAACACUGAAAAUAACCACCCCACAUGCUAUAGAUGGGGUCCUCAAACAACCCCCAGGGAAGUGGUUUACUAACGCCAGAUUGACUCACUACCAGAGCCUACUGCUAGACACUCCGAGGGUACAAUUCCUGGCCCCAGCGAUACUGAACCCCGCCACUCUUUUACCCACCCCGGACCUAGAUGAGCCCAUACACAAUUGCUCAGAAAUAUUAGCAGAAGUCAUCACUGUCAGAAAGGAUCUGCAAGAUUACCCAUUAGCUAAUGCAGACUUUGUUUGGUUCACGGACAGGAGUAGCUUUGUGCAAAAAGGAACUCGGUAUGCAGGCGCUGCGGUGGUAGAUGCCAAAGGCAGAAUAAUAUGGGCUAGCGCUUUGCCUCCAGGGACCUCUGCCCAAAGAGCUAAAUUAAUUGCCCUUACAGAAGCACUAGAAAGGGCGGAGGGAAAGAAAUUAAUGGUGUAUACUGAUAGCCGGUACGCAUAUGCCACUCUUCAUAUACAUGGAGCUAUCUACCAGGAACGAGGAUUUAAAACCUCAGAAGGGAAAGAAAUAAAGAACCAGAUUGAAAUCCUCCGCUUACUAUCAGCUGUGACAAAACCCUGGAAAGUAGCUGUAGUACAUACUCCAGGACAUCAAAAAGGACACACCCUUGAAGCAGAGGGCAACCGGGUGGCUGAUCAGACAGCAAAAAGGCCUGCUAUAGGACAAAGGACUCAGGGUGUAGUGGACCAGUGUUGGGCCUGUCAACUCAUGAGAGCAGGGAAAAGGAAAAAUACCCACACAGGUACAAGGGUACGGGGGAGGGAACCGGGCCAUCAUUGGGAAGUAGACUUCACAGAAGUUAAACCAGGUAAAUAUGGAUAUAAAUAUCUUUUAGUGUUAGUAGAUACUUUCUCAGGGUGGGUAGAGGCAUAUCCCACUAGGAGAGAAACAACAGCAGUAGUAGCCAAGAAGAUUUUAGAAGAAAUAGUGCCUAGAUAUGGAGUGCCUAGAACAUUAGGAUCAGAUAAUGGACCAGCUUUUGUAAGCAAAGUUAUUCAGGGACUAGCCUCGACUCUAGGGUUGAAUUGGAAAUUACAUUGUGAAUAUAACCCUCAGAGUUCGGGACAGGUAGAGAGAAUGAAUAGAACAUUAAAGGAGACUCUGUCUAAAUUGGCAAUAGAAACUGGCGGAGACUGGGUGACCCUCCUUCCUUUUGCGCUCUACCGAGCGAGGAACACCCCUUACACAUUAAACCUAACCCCAUUUGAAAUAAUGUAUGGAUCACCACCCCCAAUCAUAUCCAAGCUAGAAAAUUGUACUUAGAAACUCCCGGCAGAUCUAAUUUUGGGGAUGAAAACACUCCAUAUAAUUCAAAAGGAGUUAUGGCCCAAACUCCGAGCUGUUUAUGAGAGUCCUCUUAAUGAGCAAGGAAUUAACCAUGGAAUUGAACCAGGGGAUUCGGUGUGGGUAAAAAGACACCAAAAACAAACUCUAGGACCUAAAUGGAAAGGACCUUACAUUGUUGUUCUUGUAACUCCUACUGUCCUUAAGGUAGAUGGAAUCAGUGCCUGGAUACAUCAUUUCCACGUCAGGAAAACUGACCAACCGGAGCAGCACUCAGCGCAAGUAAACUGGAAAGCAUCUACAAAUCCUGAGAACCCACUGAAAAUCAAGUUAACUCCAUACAAUGGAAACUAA